AAACGGUUAACUCUUAUAAUAUUUACCGUUUAUUUACGAUCUGCUCAUUACUUUGGUACUGGCUUCCCAGAGAAAUUACCGACGGUUAAUAAUCUGCUUUCGUGCACGGUCAGUUUUCAAGUGCUGCGACACAGGCAAAAGCGUAGUUUUUGCUUAUACAAUGAAGUCAAUGAUUACAACGGUCAAUGAUAUGGAGCGUGUAGCGAUUUCCGACUGGAAGGAAUCACAGCUUUUCAAGGGAAACUACGCGCUAACACAGCUCGUUAGCUCCAAUAAUCCCAGUGCUGUUUACGCCGCAGAAUUACUGGAUAACAAGAAACGUAUGGCGUUGAAGCAGAUUAAGCUACCAAUGGAAGAACACUCCCGGAACGCACUCAUCAACCAGCUCAACCUUCGUUUUAUGGCGCUGAUUCCCGAAGACCCAGAAGAAACCAAGAAAAGGGUGCUUAACGUGCAAUGUAACCAAGAGCCAGGGGAUCCACUAGUUGAGGAAGAUCCGGAGAGAGUUGCAAGAAGGGCAAUUGCUGCCGGCGGCAUGCGGCGAUUCCACGAGAACAUCGUUAAGCAUUAUGGUGUUGAGGUCGUCGAAGGGACACGCCUGGAAGAACCGCAGUUUCUUAUCAGAAUGGAAUACUUAACAGGCAGCACCUUGCAAACCAUCGCAAAUGGACGGCCGCUGACAGAAAUGGAACUGGCGAAUGUCGGUCGACAGAUCCUUCGUGGACUGUCGUUUCUUUACCAGCAACAGUACGUCCAUCGAAACCUCGACGACACCCAUAUCGUCAUUACCGGUGACCAAGCGAACCUCACCAGCGGGAUAUCAAAUGUCAAGAUUAUCGGCUUCGGAACCGCAAAGCAGUUGCUGGACAAACAAACCAACGUACACGAUAUUUCCUUCAGUCAGCGGAGUGCCAGUUUAUACCGCUCCCCGGAGAUGGUGCAAAAGUACUUCGAAUCCGAUGUGGAAGUGGGUAGGAGCACUGACAUCUGGAGCUUUGGGGUACUGCUUUUAUCAGCGGCCUGCAGAGGUGAAGUCCAGCGUUUGCGGGAUUUCAGUGAUCUUGCAAAGGCGCCGGUUCCGUUGAAGGGGGUAACAGAUAUGACCCUCAUGGAUUUGAUUCUACCGGUGAGAAACGAUGUAACGAAUGGACUUUCGCCGGAUUACACCGUGUUAGCGAAUACGGAUAUGGGCAACCUCAAGACAUUUAUAAGCAAAUGUCUGGUGCGGGACAAGAAUCAACGGCCGACUGCGGAUGCUUUGCUCAGUGAUCCGUUUAUAGGUGUUUCAGAAACCAUGCCCCAUUAUACUACGUCAAUGCCAUUACAAACCAGUAUCGUCAUGGAAAACGAAGUGGGCGAUGUUCACGACGGUGCUCCGCGUCCAGCCAAAUUUACAGGAAAAGAAGCCUGUGAAGCGCAUGAAAUGCAAGGGCUUUUAGGAACUGAGCCGCAAGAAUCGGAUAGGGUGUAUCAGAUUUCUCCGUGCAUUUUACAAGUAAGAACUUUAAUUACCAAGGAAUUCCAGUCUGAGACUGCUCUUUUGUCUGCGGUUGUGCGUAGUGGACUGUCGUUCGAGCCUCUGCAGUUUCAGUUUCUAAUAAUGAUACGUAAUUACGCCUUCACUGAGGGUCCGCAUACCUAUACGUACAGUAUAGUUCGUGAAAUUGGUCGAGGAGGAUUUGGUACAGUGUCGGAAGCCACCGAACUUAAAAAUGGCGCUUCUACAAACCGACGUAUUGCCGUUAAGGAAACACUCCACAAAGAGCCGGAAACAGGAAGCAUUUUGGGAAGCGUAUCAGAGAAACUGCGAAAUAUUCGUCUUAUUAAAAGCCGAAACGUUACAGUGUAUCACCAAGCCAAAUUAGAGCAGUUGACGACUGAUAUGCAACCUUUCAUCCGAACAGUCAUAGUCAUGGAAUACUGUGAACUCGGCAGCUUGGAAUCAUAUAUCAAAGCAAAUCCAAACUUGCCAGAUGACCAAAUCAAAGAUCUAAUCCAGCAAAUUCUCAACGGCUUAAUGGACAUUCACAACCAUAAGGUCAUCCACACCGAUCUGAAAACCGCAAACAUCGUGUUGACAAGUGACAGUGGUGCUCUAUAUGGAAUAACCGCCAAAAUCACCGACGUGGACGAUCAUUUUGCUCUGAUGGCAACCAUAACGAAGACUAACGAAGCAGCCGGUAUUUGCAGAGGUACAGUUAUGUUCAUGUCACCUGAGAUGAUAACCGGUGGUACAAACGGUUACGCCAUCGGAAAGAAGACCGACAUCUGGAGUAUGGGAUGUAUCAUUGUGGAACUGUACAGAAAGCAGGCGCCUUUCCGCUUUUUCAAGAUCAUUGACGGAAGAUCGAAUCCGGCCGAUAUGCUGUUAGUGGAUAGAGCUCACCCGGAAACGAUCAAGACGUUUGUCGCUGAGGGAGGAGUUCCCGAAAUCCCCUGGGAGCUUGCCGAUGUAGUUAGGACAACAAUUGAAAACUGUUUCCAGAAGGAUCCUCGUAAGCGGCCUAGCGCACGGGAUUUACUACAUGGAGCUUUGUUCCAAAACGAAAAUUCCCUUCGAGAGGCAGGGGAACCGGACACCCGCCAAGCUACAACAGCGAAUGUAGAGUUUACAUUGCGAUGUGGAGAAUCAAUUCCACGACCUAACUACGAAAUGAAAUGGGACUGUGGUGUAAACUGUGCCGCGCGGGUCCUAGUGCACCACACACCGCACACGCAUUUCCCGUAUCACCUCUACGCUACUGAAGUGGUCCAGGUCAAGAAGAACAUCGAUCCCGGUCAGCCGCUGGACGAGAAGUACCGCCGCAUGCUGCUGAAGUGGUUGCAGCAAGGCCAAGCAACGGCCCAACAGAAUCCUCUUGCAGCCUUGGUGAGCUCUGUUGGCACAUUCUUGUUGGCAGCACCCGCAGCGCCCCGGAUGUCCUCACUCCUUACGCUCUUCCUACCGAUCAUCGGACCGUCGUAUCCUGAAGUCGCUGCCUGGAUGAACAAGUACACUCAUGAGUAUGAGUACGUGUGCGAAGGACGCGCCACCUGGCCGACGAUUAAGAAGCAGUUAGAUCGCCGGGAGCCGGUGAUCGCGCAAGUCUGCCUGGGAGAUGUCGAGAUCAGCGAGAUGGUCAGGCAAGCGGCGUAUGCGUGUGGGUGCCAGGAUUUUUACCCGCGAACCUUUCCGAAUAUCUAUUCAGUCAUUUUACGCGGGUACGAAGGAGUGGCGCCUAACGGAGACCCACUCAUGUUGACUUAUACUUUGCCAGAUGGAGAAACUGGAUUUAGAUCGUAUGAAGAGUUCAAAUCGCGUGCUAACUGGGUGUCAUCACAUCCGUUGGUCAAAGAAGCGUUUGAUGAGUCUGGAUACGAACCAGGACAGAUUAUUUAUCGUAAAAAGAAAAAUGCAUCCGAAGACUACGAAUGAUUGCUUAAUUUGCCUUUAUGAGUAGAAAGCGCAGUGCGCUUAUUUCGUCAAACAAGACAAAACUUUUGCAGAAUUCGAAUGAUAGUUUCAAUGGCCAUGGGAAAUUAUUUAGUUGGUUGGUGUAUUUUCUGUUUGAAUGUGUCGCAUGUGUGUAUACUCUUACCAAAGAAAUUAAUUAUCUAAGUACCUAGAAUUUUUGUCCGUAAUGCUUGAAUUUUUUCGUUAUUAACCGGCAAAAAUUU